AUGGGGAAGGCUUCGAGGAAAGAGCUCAAGCAUCUCACGGCCGUUCUCUCAGGCCUCGGGCGAAGCCUGAGAUGGCCGGAGGCCCUGCGGCUCUUCCGGAGGAACCAGGAUCGUGGCCGUGGGGACACCGCCCUUUGCAACUCUGUCAUUCGUGCACUCGGAGAAGGAGGCUGCUGGGAGCAGGCACAGCAGGUCUUUGCAGAAAUGCAGAGAGGCAUUGCGCCUCCUCCCGACAUCAUCAGCAUCACGAGCUUGAUCACUGCUUGCGAAAAAGGUCGCAGAUGGCAGCACGCAGUCCGUUUGGUGGCUCACGAGCUGAGCGGAGGAAGCUUCGCCGGCUCGAGCCUCUGCAGCGCUUUGGUCAGCGCCUGUGCGGCCUGCCAUCAAUGGGAACAGGUCCUGGAAGGCCUUCGAGCGAUGCGCGGCCGGGACUGGUUGCCAUCUCCUGUAGCCAUCUCCGCCGCGCUGGCCGCCUGCUCCCGCUCCUUGCACUGGCAGAUGGCUUUGGAUCUCCACGAGGCAUACAAACUGGAUGGAGGACCGGCCAACGAGGCAGUGUACGGGGCUGCUGUUCACGCCGCCGGACUUGGCCACCAGUGGCAAGCUGCAUUGCUUCUUCAGAGAGAGAUGAUGUCUCUGUCCUGCCGGCCAAAUCUCGUGGUCAAGAACUCGCUGCUCAGCUCGCUCGCAAAGCUCGGGCACUGGCAGCUGGCCAUGUGCGUCUUUGGAGAGUUGGGCCCUUCCCAGCCGGAUGUGAUAUCUUUCAACACGGCCAUGUCCGCCUGUGAGAGAGGAUGGAUGUGGACGGCAGCGCUGCAGCUGUUUGCUCGCAUGCGCAAGGACCGGGUAAAGAUCACCAGCGUCAGUUGCAACGCGCUUCUCUCGGCGUUGGAGAAGGGCCAGCAGUGGUCGCAGGCCAUCAGCUUCUUAGACCGCAUGCAGCGGCGGCGCCUACACAACCAGGUAUCUUUCAACUGCGCGGCUUCAGCCUGUGAGAAGGCAUUGCGAUGGCGGACCGCGCUGCUUCUCCGAGGCCCCCGCCCGGAUGCAGUGGCAGUGGCUGUGUCCAUCAGCGCCUGCGAGAAAGGCCUCGCCUGGAAGCAGGCGUUGGGUCUGCUGAACAAUGCGAGGAUCGAUGGCACAGCAGACGUUGCCAGCUACAUUGCCGCAUUGGGCGCCGCAGAGAAGGCUCAGAGGUGGCCUCAUGCCCUUUGCGUGCUCCAACAGAUGAGGGACAGCCAAUUGAGUUUGGACGCAGCUUCGCUUAGCGCAGCCGUAAAGGCCAGCGGUCGUAGCCUGCGCUGGCAGCUGGCACUCCAGGUCCUACGAACCGGGCAUGUGCACAUGGACGGGCCGGAACCCGACAUGGCGUUCUGUGCCGCAAUCGGGGCUUUGGGUGGCUGCGGCCAGUGGGAGCUGGCCCUGCACCUGCUGACGGAGCUGGCUGCGAGAGGGCUGCGUGCCAAUGAAGCCUCGUUGGGUGCGGUCCUGGACGGAUGCCAAAGAGCUCGUCAAUGGCAGAGAGCCCUGGCCUUCCACGGCGGCGUGGGCUUGCUGGGUGGCAUGGCUGCUGCCGUGGCCUCGGAGCGAAGUGCAGGCCCACACCCGGCUGCUGCCACCCGGAGGCUGCUGGCCCAACAGCUCUGGAGCUUCCUGCUCAACGACGCGCUCUGGCCAGCUGGCCUCCCCGGGAGGAGUGCCGCAGCUUCGGAGGUGCCGCGGGCAAUGCUAGCUUCGGAGCGAGUGUGCUCUGUGGCAGCCAUCGCCAGCAGCGAAGAAUUCCAGGCAGGUGCAGCAGCGGUCUUAGCCACUAAGCAGGCCUACUCGCCGCUUCUUGCAAGGUUGAUGGUAUGCCGAAGCCUCCCUGCAACAGGCUCUUUGCAGGUGGCACACGAUGCCUGGCUGCGCCUUGCAGAUGGCUUUGGGCCGUGGCGGGGCAAGACGGCCCUGACGGAGCUGGAUGACGGGGUAUUCAACAAGGAAGCAUUGACUCGUUCAGUUGGAUCCACCAUUUCAAUCGUGCCUGCCCAGCCUGCCCACUCCACGAUGCAGCGCGCAUCCCACUUCGGCAGGCGCCAUGCGGCCCGAGCCGGUCUCCUUGCGGCGGCCAUCCUUUGGCUGAGCGCAUGCAGCACGAGCACACCUGAUGGCAUCGAUUUCGUCGCAGGGCACCUGCACAGCAUGCAGCUGCCUUCCGGUACCCAGCGUCGGGCGUCCGGCGCUACAGAAUGGGUAGUUCCCGACUGGUUUCCCUGGGCCGAAACUUUCAACGGCUGCCUGAGGGAUAUAUCCAAGGCCAUCGCAACAUCGUUUCCGUCGUUGCAGCGCUCCAUGACUAUGGAGGAGUUCGCGGAGAUGAACGACGAGCUGGCGAAGAUGCGAGCUCGGCUGAAAGCUGCGCGACAACGUGAACAAGCAGCCAAUGCAGCCUUGGCAGAGCUGGAGCUAGAGAUGGAGGACGAACGGCUGGAGAUGGAAGCGGAGAUGGCGUCCCUGACCCGUCGUGCAGCAGCCUUGGGUCAUGACCCGGAGAAUGACAGGGUAAUCAACAAGGAAGCAUUGACUCGUGCAGUUGGAUCCACCAUUUCAAUCGUGCCUGCCCAGCCUGCCCACUCCGCGAUGCAGCGCGCAUCCCACUUCGGCAGGCGCCAUGCGGCCCGAGCCGGUCUCCUUGCGGCGGCCAUCCUUUGGCUGAGCGCAUGCAGCACGAGCACACCUGAUGGCAUCGAUUUCGUCGCAGGGCACCUGCACAGCAUGCAGCUGCCUUCCGGUACCCAGCGUCGGGCGUCCGGCGCUACAGAAUGGGUAGUUCCCGACUGGUUUCCCUGGGCCGAAACUUUCAACGGCUGCCUGAGGGAUAUAUCCAAGGCCAUCGCAACAUCGUUUCCGUCGUUGCAGCGCUCCAUGACUAUGGAGGAGUUCGCGGAGAUGAACGACGAGCUAGCGAAGAUGCGAGCUCGGCUGAAAGCUGCGCGACAACGUGAACAAGCAGCCAAUGCAGCCUUGGCAGAGCUGGAGCUAGAGAUGGAGGACGAACGGCUGGAGAUGGAAGCGGAGAUGGCGUCCCUGACCCGUCGUGCAGCAGCCUUGGGUCAUGACCCGGAGAAUGACGGGGUAUUCAACAAGGAAGCAUUGACUCGUUCAGUUGGAUCCACCAUUUCAAUCGUGCCUGCCCAGCCUGCCCACUCCGCGAUGCAGCGCGCAUCCCACUUCCGCAGGCGCCAUGCGGCCCGAGCCGGUCUCCUUGCGGCGGCCAUCCUUUGGCUGAGCGCAUGCAGCACGAGCACACCUGAUGGCAUCGAUUUCGUCGCAGGGCACCUGCACAGCAUGCAGCUGCCUUCCGGUACCCAGCGUCGGGCGUCCGGCGCUACAGAAUGGGUAGUUCCCGACUGGUUUCCCUGGGCCGAAACUUUCAACGGCUGCCUGAGGGAUAUAUCCAAGGCCAUCGCAACAUCGUUUCCGUCGUUGCAGCGCUCCAUGACUAUGGAGGAGUUCGCGGAGAUGAACGACGAGCUGGCGAAGAUGCGAGCUCGGCUGAAAGCUGCGCGACAACGUGAACAAGCAGCCAAUGCAGCCUUGGCAGAGCUGGAGCUAGAGAUGGAGGACGAACGGCUGGAGAUGGAAGCGGAGAUGGCGUCCCUGACCCGUCGUGCAGCAGCCUUGGGUCAUGACCCGGAGAAUGACAGGGUAAUCAACAAGGAAGCACUGACUCGUGCAGUUGGAACCACCAUUUCAAUCGUGCCUGCCCAGCCUGCCCACUCCGCGAUGCAGCGCGCAUCCCACUUCGGCAGGCGCCAUGCGGCCCGAGCCGGUCUCCUUGCGGCGGCCAUCCUUUGGCUGAGCGCAUGCAGCACGAGCACACCUGAUGGCAUCGAUUUCGUCGCAGGGCACCUGCACAGCAUGCAGCUGCCUUCCGGUACCCAGCGUCGGGCGUCCGGCGCUACAGAAUGGGUAGUUCCCGACUGGUUUCCCUGGGCCGAAACUUUCAACGGCUGCCUGAGGGAUAUAUCCAAGGCCAUCGCAACAUCGUUUCCGUCGUUGCAGCGCUCCAUGACUAUGGAGGAGUUCGCGGAGAUGAACGACGAGCUGGCGAAGAUGCGAGCUCGGCUGAAAGCUGCGCGACGGCGUGAACAAGCAGCCAAUGCAGCCUUGGCAGAGCUGGAGCUAGAGAUGGAGGACGAACGGCUGGAGAUGGAAGCGGAGAUGGCGUCCCUGACCCGUCGUGCAGCAGCCUUGGGUCAUGACCCGGAGAGGUCAUGCGUCUGCAUGAGCCGUGAUGCCAUGGCAGCGACGGGUCUCAAAGCGCAGGACGGCCACAUCCAGAGGCCCUGGCAAAGUGGAGCGAAGUGCGGCAUGUUCCGUAAACGGUACUAUGCAAGACUUCGAUCUCAGAUUAGCAAUAAUGAGUUGACAGGCAAGAUCCGCCACGCUGCAGCCUUGACGUCAUGGAGGUUGCUUGCUGGCGUGGAUGUGGUGGCAGCCCAGGACCAGCCGAACAGUGCUGAAGGGCCCAUCUCGAGGGCUGCCCUGAAUCUGAAUGCUUGCACGGCCGCCGUGCAGGAUGUGGGCGACGUCGCUAUCUCCUGGAGCAUUCCUGAUGGCAACCGCAGCGAACUCAACCGUCUGAGCCAGGUGAGCUAUGCGCGCAGCAGUGCCGACUUGGCAGAAGGCUCGUCGCUCAAUACGACCGGGAGCAUUUCCGGCCCGUGGCAUGGACGACGAUGGGUGCAAGCCGUGUUGAGGGGCCUCGAGCAGGAUCUGGCUUAUCGGAUCGGGGGCGCGGGCGGCUUUGGACCCAUCGAGACGCGAUUGCCGUCUUGCCACUGGACAGGUCAGUCACCAGGGUCCUCCACGGAGCCGGCCACUGCCAGUGCUGCAGGUCCUUUGCGGUUGGCGGUGCUCGGAGACCUUGGCUUCAGAGACGCUGGUUUCACUGACCAGAUCCUCGCAAGGAUUCAAAACUCGACACCGGAUGCCACGAUUCAGCUGGGUGACUUGACCUGGGAUCUUUCCCAACAGGGGAGUGCGGCUGCCAGCGAUUUCUGGAGCAAGCUCCAGCCGCUUUCGGCGAUCCGGCCUUUCAUGCCUCUGCCGGGAGACAGGGAUCGCCUCGAAGUCUAUCAACGUUUCUUCGAGAUGUCGAACUCCAGCAACCCGUGGUAUACUUUCAGCGUGGGUCCUGCGAGAUUUAUAAUGCUCUGGACUGAUGCUCUCGUCGCUUUGGGCACUACGUCUCCGGAGCCGCAGCGUGCGUCCUUGGCCAAGCAGCAGCUUCAAUGGCUGGAGGAAGUGCUGAAAGAGGCGGAUGGCGUGGAGGCUCGUGGCAAUCAGCCCUGGGUCAUCGUGGCUGGUCACAGGCCGCUCUACUGCUCUCUGGAGAGGCCCACUUGCAGCACCGAGGCUGCCUCUUUGCGCUCCAUCUUGGAGCCACUGCUUGUGAGGUACCGGGUCGACCUUUACCUGGCAUCGCAUGUUCAUGCCUAUGAGAGAACCUUCCGGACGUUGAAUGGCUCGGUGUGCAAGGCCGAUGAGACACCAGACUCCUCUUGUGGGCCGGUAAACAUUGUGAAUGGCGACUCUGGUGAGCCUUCUUUGCAGUACGAAGAUAUGCCAGCUCGCUUCACAGUGAAACGACAUCCGGGCCAGCCCGGCUAUGGUGAGCUAAUUGUGCUGAAUGCCACCGCGAUCGAGUAUCGCCAGCUGGAUGCGACAACAGGGGCCGUCAAUGACCAGUUCAUCAUGUUGAAGAGUUCUUCGGACGAUGCCGAGCUUCAGGAGAACUUUCUGGAAGCUGUCGGCUGGCUGGCCUUCGCUACUGCAUUGGUGACAUUUACUUGUGGGUUCGUGAAGUGGGUACACGCAGAUGGCUUGAAGCGCCGCGACGAGGCUUUGAGGCACCUGCGCACGGAGAUCGCGGUCUUGAGUGGCAUGCCGCUGAAGGUUGCCGGAAGCCCCGUCGAAGCCCAGCAUUUGGUGGGGGACGCAUCCUCUGGGCUUCACUGA